AUGCACUCUGUGUCUACGCAGGAGAGUAGUGAACCCAAUGUUCCUUCUGUUGUGAAUGCUGACGAUGUGAUGAGUGAUGAGGCGACGCGUAGUUACAUUGCAAUGGCCGUGCCGCUCUUGCAUGUACUGCAGCAGCAGAACACAUCGCAGGCAGCGGCAGUGGCGCGGCAAAUUGUGGAGCGUUGGGGAUUAAAGGCGGGGCCAGCAGUGGAAUUAGUGAAACUGCUGGAAACGAUGGAGAGCGAAAGGGGGAAUGAAGAAGAAGAAGAAGAGGAAGAUGAAGAUGAUGAUAAUAAUGAUAAUGAUGAAGAGGAGGAAGAGGAAGACGGAAGUAGUACAGAUGAUGAGGAAGAGGAGGAGGAAGAAGAAAACAGUAGCGGUGGUGGUGGGAAGGAAUCUGCGAAUGGGGGAAAUGUACUGGAGACUCUGCGACAGAUCAUUGAACAACUGCCGCCUGCAGCCAAAGGAAGAGAAGGAACCUCCACUUCAAUGUUAACAACAACAACAACAGUAAAAGAUAUUGGAGAUUUGGAAAAUGAAACAGACGAAGAAAAGCGUAUCUUUGAUGGAAUUGCAGGGGCCGUGGAGCGUGAGAUGAAACGUUUGGCAGUCGUACGGAAACAUCGGUAA